CGCUCCCGAGACAGUGCCGGGAUGGAGCAGAGGGCGGCGGUGGGCCCCGGAUCGGUAGCGGCGACUUCGGACUCCCGGUCCUCGGCUCCGGGCGCAGGGCCGCCGCGCAACGUGCUGGAUCUACCGCCUGAGCUGUUGGUGGAGAUCUUCUGCUUCUUGCCCGGGGUCAGUCUGCCCGGCCUGGCCGCCGCCUGCAAGAAAUUCCACCAGAUCCUCAGCACCGACACCAUCUGGAGAAGGCGGUGCCGCGCAGAAUAUGGAGUUUCGGAAAAUCAACGGCAACUGGAGACAGUGGGGAUCGCUUGCCGUGACUUGUACAUUAAACGUGUUGAUCCGCGGCUCAAAUCGCCAAGGUUCGUCAAGUUGCUUCCUGACUGUGUGAAGGUGGAUCACCGGAAUGUGUACACUCACUUGCUGCAUCCGUACCGGAAUAUCCUGGGCUUGUGGCAGCCAGACAUUGGACCAUAUGGAGGGCUACUCAAUGUCCUUGUCGAUGGGUUGUUUAUCAUUGGAUGGAUGUACUUGCCUCCUCAUGAUCCCCAUGUCAAUGAUGUCAUGCGUUGUAAGCCCUUGUUUCGAAUUCACCUCUGGGAAAAGAACAAGGCGCAAGUGGAAUGUAUGUAUGGUCACAAAGGCUCUCACAAGGGAGACAUACAGAUAGUGAAGAAAGAUGAGUUUUCUACCAAGUGUGAUCAGACAGAUUUUCACCGGAUGUCUGGAGGGAGGCAGGAGGAAUUCCGGACCUGGUUGGCAGAGGAGUGGGGUCGGACCCUGGAGGAUAUCUUUCAUGAGCAUAUGCAGGAGCUGAUCUUGAUGAAAUUUAUCUACACCAGUCAGUACGAUAACUGUCUGACAUAUCGUAGGAUCUACCUCCCACCCUCCAGUCCCGAGGAUCUGAUACCACCAGGCCUCUUCAAAGGAACCUAUGGGAGUCAUGGCCUGGAGAUUGUUAUGUUGAGUUUUCAUGGAACCCACAUUAAAGUGACAAAGAUUACUGGAGAUCCAAACGUUCCUGCUGGACAGCUGACUCUGCACAUCGACAUGAACCGUCGAGUUCACUUGCCUGACAUUGAGCACUUGCAAAACUUUGACAAACUUUCUCGAAUCAUCCUGGAGAUUCACCAGCAGGUGCAGUGUGCCGACACUCAACACCGUGAGGAUGACUCACAGCCCGUGUGUAAUGGUGUGCCAGAGCUGAAGGAGCAGGGUGCAAAUGCUGCGGGGAUGAAUAGACACACUGAGGCAGAGGGAGCGACUGCAGGGGAGCCUGCUGUAGAAGGGCAGCCCUUUGUGCUUCCUCUGGGAGUAAUGGCUCGAAAUGAGGUUUAUCCAAGGACUUGUCAUGCCUGCUUCUAUGGCACUGGGCUGAUUGCAGGGCACGGCUUCACCAGUCCUGAGAGGACGCCUGGUCUCUUUGUUCUCUUCAAUGACCAGUGUUUUGGUUUCAUCUGGCUUGACCUGAAAUCCUUCAGCCUGUACAGUCGAAUUGAAGACACACUGAAAAAUGCGCAAGCCCCUCACAGAGAAGCUUUCGAACUGAUGCUGAAGAACAUGCAGUCAUGGACGUCCUGAAUCACGUCCGCCCUGAAGGAAUGGAGCGCUCACAACCAUAGGUCUGCAGUUCCUCCUCAUGCCCAAUGAAGCAGGCCUGCCACUGUCCGCCCCCAAGGAAUGGAGCGCUCACAACCAUAGGUCUGCAGUUCCUCCUCAUGCCCAAUGAAGCAGGCCUGUCACUGUCCGCCCCCAAGGAAUGGAGCGCUCACAACCAUAGGUCUGCAGUUCCUCCUCAUGCCCAAUGAAGCAGGCCUGUCACUGUCCGCCCCCAAGGAAUGGAGCGCUCAGAGCUGCAGGGCUGCAGUUUCUCCUCACACCCACUGAAGCAUGCAUGCUGGGAAAGAAGGACCAGAACCAUGUAAUGGCUCCUGCUCACCUUGGCCCCUCUCCCUCUCACCUGAGCUACUACCUUAAGUAAUCUUGUUGCAAUGGUUUCGUAAUAGUUUCUUUUCAAUGCACUUGUGUGGUCAGAGCAGAGAAUGGAGCCUAAAGAGGAGUAUUGAAAGCCUCCCGGCAUUCUGUGGAAGGUAACAAAGAAUGAUGAUUGGAAGAAGCUUUAACUUUACGCACUAAUGUUUGACUGUACCCUAUCUUUAAGGGAGUUUGUUUAAUUCUGUUGAAAAUCAUUGCACACGUUUAGUUUUGUUGUUUAGAAUGGAGUAGAAAGAGGAAAAAAGUGAUAGUAAUUCAAAUCACAGAAAGCAAACCUUAUCUGGACUGAAUGUAUAAUAAACCUUUUCACCUUCAAACUCUACACCAGCCAGCUGAGGCAGUCAGACAAUAUCAGGAAAUAAAGUAUUAUUUAAAUUUGAGUUUAUAUGGUUAAGAUUGAAAGAUUUUAAUAUUUAUGUUAAGAAAAUUUAUAAAGAGAUUUUCAGUUUAUUGUUUUAUGUUUGAAAAAGAAUAAUUUAAGUUUUAUGAUCUUGAACUUGAUUAAAAGAAACUUUUGGAAA